CGUUUCCUCCCAGUCAAGACAAGGUCGCCUCGUCGUAGUAGCUGCUCGCCGCAGAGAUGCUGUCCCUUGCUGCCCGCUCAGGGGCAUUUUCCCCUUACAUGCAGGCUACAGCCGUAGCUGUGGCCGGCCCCCUACAGUCUCUUGUACCGGGGGUUGUUGUCAAGGGAGAGAAGAUUUUGUUGAAUCCGAAAAAACAGUUCCUAUGCCGAGAGUCGCUCACCGGUCAAAGCCCAAAGACAGGCCCUGCUGUGACAGUUAGCAUCAAUGGCUGUGCAGGAGUCAGAUUUGCCCACACAGACAUCAAGAUACCAGACUACUCUGACUACAGGCGCCCGGAGGUGCAAAACCCCGACAAGACGUCCCAGGACAGCAGUGAAUCCAGAAGAACCUUCUCGUACCUGGUCACCGCCGCUUCAACUGUGGUGGGUGUUUAUUCUGCCAAGACGGUGGUCAGCCAGUUCGUUUCUUCCAUGAGCGCCUCGGCUGACGUCCUGGCCCUGUCCAAGAUUGAAAUAAAGCUGGGCGACAUCCCCGAAGGCAAGAACAUGACCUUCAAGUGGAGAGGUAAACCACUCUUUGUCCGUCACCGCACAGCAAAAGAGAUCGAGACGGAAGCCGGCGUGAACAUAGCAGAGCUGCGUGAUCCUCAGCACGACAAGGACCGGGUGGUGGACCCCAGCUGGGUCAUCGUCCUCGGCGUGUGCACACAUCUGGGCUGUGUGCCCAUCGCCAACGCUGGCGACUACGGAGGUUACUACUGCCCCUGUCAUGGUUCACACUAUGACGCCUCAGGCCGCAUCAGGAAAGGCCCCGCCCCCCUCAACCUGGAAGUUCCCUACUACGAGUUUCAAGACGACCUUGUGAUUGUUGGAUAAACGACACUCCUCAUUGUACAGCUUUCACUUUGGAGAAAAUAUUCAGGUGUAAUUAUGCUGUGUUCAUGUUUUAUUGGUUCUGCAACAUCAUAUACAACUGGUACAAGUUUUGUUCUCUACGGUAUCUUUCAUUCAUUGUCACAGUUUUCACAAACAUGAUGAUGUUGGUAGACUUCUAUACCUGUGGUUUCUGAUCUAAUGAAAGCAAGCUGUGUUUUUAAGUGCGGAGCAUUUAGAAUAUAGUGUUAAAUGGGUGAACACUGGGAAGAUGCUAUCCUGUCUUCUUUUCUCAUCCCUGAAUAUGGUGAACAUGUCAUGAACACCUGUGUAUUUUAUUAAGUUAUAGUCAAUCUAAUGAACAAAGAACAUGUUUAAGUCUUGUCAAUAAAGAAUUCUAUUUUAUUUGACAACCUCAA